AUGGAAGAAUUAUUUGUAGUUGAAGAUAUUCUUGCCAUGCGUUAAAAUCUUUCAAAAAUUGAGUAUUUAGUCAAAUGGCUUGGUUAUUCCAUUGAAGAAAAUACAUGGUAAUUUAUUUUAAUUAACUCUAGGGAAUUAAAAGAAAAUUUAAUCUAUAAUUGUAAUGAUCUAAUUAACCAAUAUCAUUAGAAUCUAUUUUUUCUUGAAUUCAAAGCUCCUAUCAUGAAUUACAAAGAAAUUAAAGGAAACAUGAGAAUAGAUAAACCUUUUCAAAUUGUAAGAGAAUUUGAAACUCAUUUUUUAGUUAAAUUUAUUAAUUAAUUUAGAUUGCUUAUUAUCCAAGAAAAAAUAAAUUCGUUGGUUCAUCACUUAUUUAAAAAUCAUUAACUCCUAUUCAUUUAAUAUAAGAUUUUUAUUCUAAAUAGGAAGAAGAUACAAUACAAAAUGAAUACACUAAUCAACAAAUAGGAUGUAUUUUAGAGUUUUAUUAAAAAUAAUCAUAUGUUGUUUUAUUAGAAUCUAAAGAAAGAAUUUUUGUCGAUAAUUAAAUAAUAAUUGAUAGAUAACCAGAACUUUUGCUUGAUUAUUUUGAAAACAUGAAUUGGAUUACUAUAGUCGAAUGA